AUGGCUCUGGACACAAAACCUCCCGUGAAACGGGCUGUUUCACGACCUGAUGUUAAGAAAUUUCCAUUUUUCCAUCCAUUUUCGAGAAGAUUACACAUUUGCUUGUUGUGUAUGGCUGGUUUCUGUUGUACAACAUUCAUGAGAAUGCAUAUCGCUAUCACAAUGACUUGUAUGAUAAAUUCAACUGCAUUGGCGUUGGAGAAUACUGUAUUUCCGGAAGCAAUUGAUAGCAAUACUUCGUCGAUUUUUGAGGAGGUUGAACUGGUUUCAAAUGGUGCGUGCUCCUCGACCAAUGAUAACAAUAAGAAAGUUGUAGUGGAUUAUGGAGGACAAUUGGUAUGGAACAGUCAAGAACAAAACCUGAUCUUCUCUGGAACAUUCUGGGGAUCCAUCAUUACCGUACUCCCAUCAAUGUUCUUUAUCAAUCGAUACUCCCCGAGAUAUGUUCUUCAAGCGGCCGUUGGUUGUUAUAUUCUGAUGACUGCCAUCACUCCAUACAUUGCAACUCAUUUUGGACCGUAUCCUGUUUUCAUAUCAAGAGUUAUUAUGGGAUUGGGGGAGGGUUUCAUCCUUCCCGCCAACAACGCAAUCCUCGCCAACUGGUUCCCGAGUGCUGAAAGAAGUACUGCAAUAUCUCUAUUCACAACUGGUAAUCAGAUGGCUGGAGCUGGUGGAAAUCCAGUGGCUGCGUCACUUUGUGCUUCUUCUUUCGGAUGGCCAUCGAUUUUUUAUUUUGCAAGCAUAGUCUCAACCAUCUGGUCAGUUUGUUGGUUCCUUACUGCAUCCAAUCAACCAUCGAAAUGUAAAGUUAUGACAAAAACGGAAAGAGAGUACUUGGAUGCAAAUGUUGUUAGGAGAUCGAAUAAGACUAAUCGAUCCCUCGUAGUUCCAUAUGCAAAAAUCUUGAAGUCUCCUGCAUUCCUUGCCCAACUGCUCUGUCAAUUUGUUAUUAAUUCAAUUGUGACUCUUCUUCAAAUAUAUCUACCCAACUACUUCAAGGAUGUUCUUCAUUUGGGAGUUAUUGCAAAUGGAACCUACACUUCCAUCCCGAAUAUUGUGAAUUUCGCACUGAAGAUUGUAUGGGGAAUUGCUAUUGAUAAAGCAAAGGAGAAUAAGACAAUCAGUGGAACAUUUGCAGUCAAAUUGUCACAAUCUAUUGCUAACUUUGGCGGUGCUCUCUUCAUGAUUCUCAUUACAUUCUACGUGGAUUGCACCAAUCCAACUCUUGGAUUUCUUUUCUUCUGUAUGAUGUACGGUUGCAUGGGAACUCUAGUCAGUGGAUUCUACACAUCUCUCCUCUCAUUAGCUCCCAAAUACACUGCAACAAUGUCUUCGAUAUCAGUUUUCUGUGCAAUGAUGGGAAGAUUAUCGACACCUGCGAUUGUUGGAUUAAUUAAGAAGGAGAACACUCUCUCUGAAUGGCAGACUCUGUUCCUCGUGUGUGCUGCAGCCAACAUUGUUUGUGGAGUUGUCUUCUUGCUGUUUGGAUCAGGAGAACUACAAGAAUGGGGUGAAGAGGAUGAAGUGAAGGAGACGAAAGCGUUCGGAGAGAAGACUCCGUUGGCAAGUAUUCAGAAUCUACGAGCGGAUUCAGAAGACAAUGACGUGUUCCAAUCUGCAUUGGACAUGGAUAUUCCAGAGAUUCAAUUGAAUGAAAUCACGUUGACAACUGAAGAAAGGCAACGAUUUCAGAGAAGAAUUCGAGAAGAUUCCAUGUGUUUGUAA